AUGUUUUGGUACAGGUACAAUGGUGGUUGUUUUGAAGCAGUUGGGAACAAUGGCUUGGGCAAAAGAGAGGUUAAAAAUGUUAGUGAAGACCUAAGCCAGCUGUUCUGCACAAGCCCUAAGCAUUCGGCCAGGGCCGGCAGCUUUAUGAGCAUUCACCUUACGCAAGGUGGAGCACACAUCACUGGUGGAAAGUGUGAGCGGCAGGUCGUCAGUUUGUCUUCAGCUCUACAAUCCCCAAACUCAAACAUCCUGAAAGAGCUGGAUCUGAGUAACAAUGACCUGCAGGAUUCUGGGGUGAAGCUGCUUUCUGAUGGACUGAAGAGUACAAACUGUCAGCUGGAGAUUCUGAGAUUGUCUGGCUGUAUGGUGACAGACAAAGGCUGUUGUUAUAUAUUUGCAGCUCUGAGUUCAAACCCCUCACACCUGAAAGAGCUGGAUCUGAGCUACAAUCACCUGGGAGAUUCAGGAGUCAAGCUGCUUUUUGAAAAAUUGGAGGAUCCAAACUGCUCAUUGGUCACACUGAAUGUUGAUCAUGGAGGAGAAUCCAGGAUUACAGCAGGACUAAAGAAAUGGGUCUGUUUUCUCACACUGGAUCCAAACACAGCACACACUGAACUCAGUCUGUCUGAGGAGAACAGAAAGGUGACACGUGUGGAUGAAAAUCAGCCGUAUCCUGAUCAUCCAGAGAGAUUUGAUUAUUAUCAUCAGGUGUUGUGUAUAGAGAGUGUGUGUGGACGCUGUUACUGGGAGACUGAGUGGAGUGGAGAUGAAGGUGUGUAUAUAUCAGUGUCAUAUAAGAGCAUCAGCAGGAAGGGAGGGGGUAAAGAGUGUGGGUUUGGAUAUAAUGAUCAGUCCUGGAGUUUGAACUGCACUCACUCCAGAUACUCAUUCAGACACAAUAACAUAGAGAUUGUUCUUACUGUGAAGCCUAUCAGCAGGAUAAUAAGAGUGUAUGAUGAUGUCAGGAGAAUAGGAGUGUUUGUGGAUCACAGUGCAGGAACUCUGUCCUUCUACAGCAUCUCCAGAAACACAAUGAGCCUCAUCCACACAGUCCAGACCACAUUCACUCAGACGCUCUAUCCUGGGUUUGGAGUUUAUUCUGGAUCAUCAGUGAAACUGUGUUGAUGAAUCAGAAGAGACUGACGAGAUAUUCAUGAAGAACAUGUCAUUCAUUUCUCUGUUUUAUUAUUACUGUACAAACAAAAAUAAUGACAAAUCAGCUUGAGAUCAGAUUUUAAUCGAUGUUUGUAUAAUAAAUAUAAUCAAUUCCUCACAGACUGAAAUGAGCUUCUAACAUUAUAAAAUAUGACAUUAAUCACAGCAUUUAAUAAAAUAUAUUGUAAAGCUGCAUUGAAUUAUUAUGGGAUCUUUCAAACAGUGAAAGAAGCUGUCAGAAUACAUUUUAAAAUAGUUUUUAUGAGGUUUAAAAUGAACAUGUUAUAGUCACAGUACAUUUAUGGACAAAAAAUCUUAUUUUUUAU